AUGACUGGUGGUUUAGUACAAGAACAGUUAUUUUUAGUUCUACCCACUCCUACUCCAUUUAUAACAUUUUUAUUAACUAUUUUUACAAUGAUGCCUGCAUUGUACUGUUUACUAACUAAAAAAGACUACAUGAAUCCAAAGCAAUUUAUACGAUGUUUAGUUCUUUGCGCUUUGAGUUCUUUCAUGUUUGGUUGGCAUGUACAUGAGAAAGCUGUUUUAACUGCUAUUAUACCAUUGUGCAUAUUGGCAGCAAGUAAUAAAAAUGAUGCUAGAAUCUAUCUAAUUUUGAGCAGUGCUGGACAUACAGCUCUUUUACCUUUACUCUAUUUAAGUAAUUUAACACCACUGAAAAUUUUAUUACUUUUAGUGUAUAUGAUUGCAUCUUUCCUAGCUUUCUCUAAGAAAUUUAAGCUGGAUUUACUUUCUUGUCAUGAAUACAUAUAUGUGAUUAAUUUACCAGUAUUAACAGUAUAUGAAACAAUAAUACAUAAAUUAAUAUUUGGUGAAAUGCUACCAUUUUUACCUUUAGCUUUUACUUCUAUAUAUUGUGCUAUAGGCAUAGCUUAUUCUUGGAUACUUUAUUAUUAUAUGUUUUUACAAUCCAAUGAAGUUACUUAUCAAAAAGAGAAAAAAUUAUGA